UCUCCGGGCAAAGAAUCGUUAUUGUCUGGAUGAUGACAGGUUAUUGCAAUUUGUCACUUUUAAUUUGUCAUUUUAGCAUCAUGAUGGUGUAUGAGUUCAAGAUUGCUGACGUAUGAUGACCGGGAAGGCAUGUCACUUUCAGCAUCACCUAUUCACAAACAUUACUCCCGCGGGAUCCUCGUGUGCAACUUCAGAACGUCAAGAUCAACAAGUUGGAAGUUUCUUCCAGAAAUGAUAUAAAGGACCACCCGUUUUUUGUGUCUGAAGAAUGUUUGACUUGCGCAUGUAAACUGCUCAGAUUAAACGACAGGACUGCGCUCUGUACUACUUUUCAUUUUUAUAACAUGGGAGAGAUCGGGCAUCCAUGGAUUUACAAACCAUCGUCAUCAAUGGUUGUCAUUUUGCUAUCAAUUACAUGUGUGAUGCAAUGUUCAGAGAAUCCAGCAACUAUUGAAAACGUUUAUCCACGCGGCAACCACUGGGCAGUAGGGCACUUGAUGGGUAAGAAGAGCUUAGACGGCCUCUCUGGAGCAGAGGAGCGAACUCAGGCCAGUGACCAUGUGCGUCUCCCAGAAGAAAACAAACGUCCAUCCAGGCUGUAUGGGUCCUUACUGCUUGGACAGGAGGCCCAGAGACAACCCCCCCUCAGACUGGCUCUGUUCCGGAGCAGGCAGCAGGAACAACAAGAGAGAGACGUGUUUAUCCAACAGUUGGAAAGCCUUCUGCUACAGGUUCUGAACACAAAGGAGAACAGCUCCAGCUGAAGAAUGCUCCCUCAUACAACCACACAGAGACUCUGCUUAACAUCCACACACACUCUCUGUCCUACACCUAUGGCAUCUCAUUAGAGCAGUUGAUGAUUUGAAUGACACCCGUUUAUUUGAUAUACUCUUAGUAAUCCAUUUCAAGGGUAAAUAUAUCACUUCUUGUCAAAUAUAGUGGAGAUAUUUUCAAUUCUUAAGAUAUAUUUGAGCCAUCUUAAUCUUUUGUGAAAUCUUAAUCUUUUGUGAUAUAUUAAUGGUGUCACCACAUACACACCAACCAUGUUGUGUUUAGAGCUUUUAAUAAAUAUAAUACUGGGAUAACUGCAUAGUGAAUAGCUGUGCAUUCACUCUUGUUUCAAUGUAGGUCAUUACUGUUGGAGAGAUUGAAUGGCCCGAGGUGAGUGACAGAUGUAGUAGGAGAUAUUAACCACAAGAUGACAGACAAGAACUUAUUUGCAGGCAGUCAGGUUCAAGAUUGCAUCCAUUUACAUAAAACUCAUCGCAUAAGAACCUAGGAGGGCAGAGCCAGGAUAACCUACUGUAGCCUACAUAAUUAAAUUACAUACAUGUUUUCAAUGUUACAUUACACAUUAAAAUCUAU